AUGGCAGUCACCGAGCAGGACACUCAGGUCCCCACCCUUCGCAAGAUCGUCACCUCCGAGUCGGAGCCUCUUGCGCGCCGUUUUCGCGCCCUCUUCUCGCUGAAGCACCUUGCUUCCCUCCAACCACCCACCGAGCAGACCGUGCCUGCGAUCGAGGCCAUUGCUGCAGCAUUCAGCUCCCCAUCCGCUCUGCUCAAGCAUGAGUUGGCUUACUGUCUGGGCCAGUCAGGGCAUGACGCAGCCAUUGCGCCUCUGCGCGGUGUGCUAGAGGACAAGGAUGAGGAUUCCAUGUGCAGACAUGAAGCUGCUGAAGCACUGGGCGCCUUGAGCGAUAAAGGCAGCCUGGAGCUACUGAAGAAGAUGAGGGAUGACGCGAACGAGGUGGAUGUUGUACGGGAGACGUGCGACAUUGCCGUCGAUCGCAUCGAGUGGGAGCAUGGGCUGCAGAAGGGCACGGAGAAGCUGAAGAAGAGCGACUUCACCUCCGUUGAUCCUGCACCGCCAAUGCCCGAGAGCAACGAAGCGCCCUCUAUCCCAGCCCUUGAGAAGACGCUCCUCGACACAACUCUGCCCCUCUUCCAGCGCUACCGGGCCAUGUUCGCGCUCCGCGAUCUCUCCUCACCGCCUGAUCUGCCAACGGCUGUUCCGGCUGUGCAUGCGCUUGCCCGUGGCUUCGGCGAUCCAUCUGCCCUGUUCCGCCACGAAAUCGCAUUCGUCUUCGGUCAACUAUCGCAUCCCGCAUCGAUUCCCAGCCUGACGGAGGCACUGAGCAACACAAAGGAGGCGAGCAUGGUUCGACACGAGGCCGCAGAAGCACUUGGAAGUCUAGGAGACGAGGAGGGUGUUGAAGAGACGCUCAAAAAGUUCUUGAAUGACCCGGAGCAGGUGGUACGGGAUAGCGUGAUUGUUGCGCUUGACAUGGCCGAGUUCGAGAAGAACGGCGAGGUGGAGUAUGCCAUUGUGCCACAGGCGCAGGCAAUCGCGGCCUAAGGUUGAAGGACAAUCGCAUGUACACGGCGUUUUGGUUUCAAUAGAAGUCCUCCUAUCUCCCCUUC